AUCCCAGAGAAGAUGUACACUUCUUUGGUCCGAAUUUCAAUGGGCAGACUCCAGGGCCAGAGGUUUGGAGGAAUCCAAGCGAGGAGAACCGCCGGUUGGGAUUUAGUAUCUGUCCUGAAACGGCUCCGCUGAAUUUAGUCUUGGAAGACGCGAAGCGGAUCUUACAAGAGGGUGAAGAAAGAAAGAGGUUUCACGAGAAGUAUGGUUUUUAUCCUGAACAGCCCCCUCCGGCCGAAAUAGAUGGAUAUCCCACCUGGCACUGGAGCCGUGAAAGUGGAACGAUGCCUUGGCCCAAUCUUCGAGAUCACUUACCUCCUGGCUAUCAUCAACUACGAUAUGCUGGGUCUUGCUACUUGUUGUCGCCAGACGGAACAUUUGUACACACAUGCGAUCCUGCUGAACAGGAUCCUCGUCAGUGGGGCUUGAAGGCGGAAGACAGAGGUCGUUGGGUAAUUGAUGGAGAGGGAAUGCAGCCAGGCUCGACGAUACAUUUCCAAUUUUUUGACGAGAAUCAGACUCAUCUCGCCCUGACACUCUAUUCUCGAGACUGUCCCCUGGUGCAGAAAUGGUGCUACACCGACGAAGAUUCGGAUUUAGAUAAGAGAAUACGAGAGUGUACCGUCUGCAUCCCCGAAGAAAGAUUCUGUUCAGAGGGCGAAUGCUCGGACUGUGAUAAUUUCAAAGAGGUUCAGAACAAUUGA